CUUUAGGCGUUUAAAAAAGUUUUGUACUAAGUUUCCUAGUUCUGCAUAUUAAAUUUGUUGUGCCUGUAUUACCACGUCUUAAAUAGAAGAGCCUUAGCACCUUAAACACAAAAAGAUGUUGCAAAGGUAGAAUUCUUAAUUGGCAAAAUAGGGGAAAAGAACUUAACGCUCACGUUUUUGUAAAACUAUUCUUGACUAUUGCAAUGCAAUUCUGAACAGACUUGUGGUGGGCGUGAGCAGACAAUCUGACUGUCGCUAGUGCCGGUACAGUGAAGCGCUAGGUCUGUACUCUGUACAGCGUCGAUACACCGUCCGGUACAAGGUCGUGUCGCGGGCCGCGGUCGAUGCCUGCGCCGCCAUUGUUGCUGCAGCAGACUGUCGCCUGUCGCCGCCGCUCGCCGCUAGUAUCGCUGAUGUCGCUGCGGCCUCCACGUCACCACAGCAGUGUGUCGCGUGUCGCCGCUGCAGCAGGACCUUGUCACGAUGGAGAUCGACUGUCAGCUGUUGUUACAGCAGGUGCAGCAACACGAGUGUCUGUACGACCCCAGGAGUGAGAACUACAAGGACAGGACUGCCAGGGUGGACGCCUGGGACAGCAUCUGCAGUGUGAUGGUCGGGGACACGUGGGAGGACAUGACUAGGACCGAGAAAGCAAACGUCGUUUCAGAAUGUAGAGCGAAGUAUCAUUCGUUGAGAACGUCGUAUGCAAGAUACCUUAGAGAGUUAAAGAAGAAUCCCUGUUCGUCUAUUGCGAAGAAGAAACAGUGGUACUUAGCAGAGGACAUGAGUUUUCUUGAAAACUUUAUCACUACCAAUAAGUUCAGUGUGAGUGAUGUGGUUAUCAAUGACGAAGAGGCAGAAUCCCUUGUGGUGGAGGCGGACUUCAUCGACGACGCUUCAGCAGAGGACGAGAAGUUUCCACCGAGUAUGGAUCAGCCUGCUAGUGAAGACGGGUCAAACCCACAAAUGAGAAAAAAGAAAAGAAGACCAAAAACUGCUCUAGUUGCUGCGCCCGUGGUGGCGUACGUGAAGUCGAUUAAUGAGAUAAAAAAAUUUACUAAAAGAACUUCAGAUGAUCCGACCAUUAAUUUUUUUAAAAGCAUUUUGCCCGAUGUCAAGAAACUUAGUGAGAAACGGAGAAGGGACUUUAAGAGCUUUGUGCUGGAAAAAUUAAAUUCACUUCUGGAUGAACAAGAGGAAGAUGAAAUAUCGGAACCCUCACUGAGCUCUCAGAUAUCGAACUGAUAAGCAUUUUAAAAUCCCGAAAUAUUCAAUAUCAGUGUUAAAAGUUCCAUACAUGCAUGACCAAUUACGACGUGGAGUUUAAAACCACUUGUGUCCAGACAUAGAAGUGAAUUUCUGGAAGUGACAUGUCGUAUAUAUGUUUGUUGUUCCUGAAAAUAUUUCACGUAUAAGAUAUAAUACGUGUAACAAGUCUACGUGGCUAUCUAUGUACAAGACAGUUAUAGUUGCUUCUAUUGCUUUUGAAAGACAUUAACAUAUUGUAUAUCAUCACAUGCUUGGUGGUAAACGGUGGUGGUGGUGGUAUCACUGAUGAAGCUGACUCUUCUAAAACAUGUUAAUGUGUUUUAUUUCUUCAGUUUCAGAAUAUAGAGCCAAGUAUCACUCGAUAAGAAGAUCAUAUGCAAGAUAUGUUAGAAAGAAUAAGAAGAAACCCAAAUUGUAUGUAAUUUUUACGACACUUUGUAAACACUCUCAUUCAGAAAACAAAUCUAACGAAAGGAACACUAUGUUAAAUGUGUAAUCUAAUAAAGUAUUAGAAACAUUCAAA